CACCUCCAACAGCUUCAUAAAUGUUCAUUUAAAGUGGCUUAUGGUUUGACUAAUAUUAUUGCUUACAGGCAAACGGUGGUUUUUGUUCAUCUGGCAUCAAUGUGCUUUGCUGUGUACUUUCCUAUGAGCUGGUCCAGUCAAGCAAAUGAUUUCAGCGUUGUGUAAAAGGUGGAUAUGAGGGGGAUGGAUCCUGUGAGUCUCUGAAAGUGUUGUGACUCUCUUUGCUGGCAAGAGAAAAGUGUCAGCCGAGCUAAAUUGUUCUCUAUUUACACCAUCCUCUGGCCAACAGAGGGAGCUAGUUGUGACAAGUACUGUAUUGGACCAGUGACCAUUCUAAAUUGUGUGAAAGUGAAUAUUGAGAAACAGCCCUAUAAACCUGAAAAUAAAUGAUAAAUCACAGCAAAUAGAAAUUGUGUCUGGUUAAUCCAGUCCUUACAUUGUCAUACAAUUUAAAAAUCAACCUAUAGGGUAUUGCCUAUCCAUAUUUGUAAAGCCUUGUAUGCCUUGUGAGACCACAGACAGCCACUUCAGAGAUGAAAUACCCAUUUAUAAGCAUGUUGUUUGGCUCAGGAUGUCCAUUCAGCACAUUAAAGGAAUGCUUCACCCCCCCAAAUGACCAUAUGUAUAUCAGUUACCCACCCUGUGUUAAGUUGAAUUCCGGAAGAAAACAGCAAAACUAUAUCGAACCAUCCCUUUACAAACUCUCUCACAACUGGUGCAGUACAAAUCUAUCCAGUUGCAGUAUUUUCCAAACAGACAACUCCUUCCAACAGGGGACCUAACUAAAAAUUAAACGUAUUUAUGCUCUCUGUAAAGCCAGACUCCAGUAACAAGAACAGUAAUAUUUGUCUCACUGGACACAACAGCUGCUGGUCUGCCACUGCCUCGAUCAGUUAGUUUGUUUGUCUUAAUGUGUGAGUUUGGUGUUUUAAAGGGAUAGUGCACCCAAAAAUGAAAAUUCAGCCUGUCACGUCGGCCUCCCGGCAGCCCCCCAGAUCUGCUUCACCUCUCUAGUCAACCUGCUUUUCGCCCUCUGGAUCGGCCUUGGCCAUCUGCUCUGCCUCCUGGCUGCCCUCCAAAUUUGCUCCGCCUGUCUGGUUGACCUCCUGGCCACCCUCUGGAUCUGCUUCACCCUCUGAUCAGCUUCAUGGUCAGCCUUCAGAGGUGUUCUGUCCACCUGGUCGACCUCCUGGCCAACCCCCAGAUCUGCUCCACCUUUCCAGUCAUCCUCCUGCCCGUCCUCCAGAUCUGCUGGCUGCCCUCCCACUCUCCUCCACCUGUCUGCUCAGCCCACUAGUCGGCCUCCAGGCUGAUUCGCCUAUCAUGUCAGCCUCCUGGCUGCCCUUCAGAUUGCUACAGCAUCAUGAUUAUCCUCCUGGUUGGCUCUGCUCAGAUGUCCGGCCCUCAGUCUCUCCACCCAAGGUUCUCUGCUCCGCCCCUGUCAAGCCCUCUGGGCCUUCUGCCAGAGGUCCCUUGCUCCACCCUUGUUCAGUUUCCACACCAACAUUUGAACAAUCAGCCUCUCCAGCACACACACUCUUUGCCAGAUUGUUCUUCAACCUCAUGCAAGACCUUCCAGCACUCCUUACCUGCCUGAUCUCCUGUUAUCAACCCUGCCUGUCUCUGACCUGCCUACGUCGUCUGUUUCCCGUUGCCUGGUGCAGCUCAGAGACACUACACACUGCCUUGUGCGUGUGUCCUCCUUUCACCUACAUGUCGACCCUUAUACCCAGAGACUGUGUGUGGAAUGAACUAUUACCUGGAUACCUUUAAUGAAUAAUUUGCCCUCCAGUCCAGCUCCCUCCAAUGACAGUAAUACAAAGAUGAUAUUCUCCCAAUCUGAACUGGAGACACUGAUCGAGCAGGAGGUUGACACUGUAUUUAAAAAGAGGGAAAACAAGCUGCAGGGUUUGAUAGGUACUAUUCAACAGCUGGAUCGCGAGGUCGACUAUGAAAGCUCCAUGCAGAAACUGGAGGCUCAAAUUAACACCAUAACCAAGAGAGCAGAAGCAGCUAUUGCCUACAUAACAAAGACACAGAAAAAGGGCCUCCUGCCAUCUCCUGUUGAUAACGAGAUCAUGAGGGAAGACUCUGAGAAUGAAACCACAGAGGCCACGUCACAGACUGACAGAAAGAGCACAGAUUGCAUGGACAAGAGUGGAGAGCUCUUCAGAAUGACAGAAAUCACAAAAAAGGCACUUAAGAAGAUGCAUGAUGAUAAUAAAGUUUUGAAGGCUGCCAUAGCAGAUUUAAGUGAGGAGCUGCCUCAUCCGGUUCUUACCCCUGACGGCUCUCCUGACUGUGAGGGGCUCAUCACGUCAAUAAAGAAAGAGCCAGAAAAUGAGCAGGAAACAAAGAACAAUGUUGAGGAGUCCAAGCAGCGUGAGGAACCAAAGGCCGGGAGGGUGAACGUAGGUCUCUCAACUGUCGAUAAUAACCUAGUAACAGCCCUGUACACAGACUCAGAGCAGGACAAGUACCUGUACCCUCCUCUUCCCUCCACCACUUUCCCCUCCAUCCUGAGCAUGGAAGCAGCCUCAUACAACAUUCCCCAGAGACCAAAGGUGCGCCUGGCUCUCAUCAAGAACCCUCCUGGCCUGUCUGUAACGUGGGAUGUGGAGGAGAAAGACCCCUCUGAGCCGCCAAUGGAGAGUUACAGCAUCUUCAUGACCAUGGAGAAGCAGAAGGGCACCGGCGUCUUUCGAGAUUGGACCACCCUUGGUGAGGUGCCGGCCAACCCUCUGCCCAUGUGUGUGAUGGUCAGCAAGUACAAGCCCGGACACAAGGUUUGUGUCGCCGUAAUAGGCAAAGACAAGUUCGGCCGAUACGGACCUUACAGUAAAGUUGAUACCAGAGCCAUACCGGACUAGCUGGGAGGAGGACAUGGUGUCAAGGGAGAGAACACGUGAGGCUACCUCUACCUGGAUUUGCCCAGUUUUCUCAUGAAGUGUCUUAAGGUUGAUAAUGUGGGGAAUGUCAGGAAGAUUAUUUGGCAUACUUUAAAAUUGAGUGGAACUUCAGCCAAACAUUAACAGGUGCUUUAUUUAUGCCCUCCAGCAAUUAUUGCAGUUACAUGGACAUGAAUAACCCGCUUAUCCUGGUUAUGAUCAUAUUUGGGAUACAGUGUUUACAUGAGCACAGACGAAUCAGGUUUUUCGUAUCCCUCGCAUACAUAAAAAUCCUAUUCUCUGUCUCAACUACACACACUUUCACUCCACACUGUGCUGUUCUUGAAAGGAGUUACACUACUCUUAUAACACUCCUCCAUUUUGACUUGUGCCAGCCUGUUGCUUCCACUACCACUAUGUAGGGAAGCAGUGGAUGAAGACAUGCAGCCUCCUACCAAAAGACAAAACUCAGUUUCACUUCAUUGCUCCAGAAGUGAGACGUUUUCGCCACCACUAUUGUUUGUAUUUCUGUAACAUCACGUGACUGAAGCUGCUCCUGUGUAGGAAGUCAGUGGUGCUCAAUAACCAGGAUAAGGUGUAUUCAUGGAACAGUAAUCCGGUGUCUUUCAGAGUACUCCAGUUAGGGCUGGACAGUAUAUUUAUGUUAUCACCAAUAUCGUGAUGUCAGACUUGGUAUUGUCUUAGAUCUUGGUUAUCAUUUUCUGAACAUACCAGACUGUUCUAGCUGUUCUGUUAUUUGCCUUUCCCUACUUAGUCGUUAUAUCCAGAUUACUGAUGAUUAUUCAUGUUAAUGUAAACAGACUCAUUGAUUACGGUUCCAAAGGAAGUAGUGUAAAUAGCCAUGUUUGGUUAUCUCCUGUUAUAAUGGAGCAGUUGUUUAAGCCUUAAAUAAACAGACAACCAUGAGAUGCAUUUCACUGUGAAAAAGUAGUUCACACAAUGUUAGCAAUGUAUAACAAAUGAUGACGUUUUUAAAUGAGAUAAUAAAAAUGACAAUGUUUUAAUGUA